AUCAACCCCGGCCUCGUCCACCUCGAUUCCGUGCCACGGCCUUUUUGAUUCCAACCAUUUCGCAGCGUGAUAUCACGAUCUGAGACAACGGCUGUGCCCCGAAUAAUAACUCGACACAUCACGGACGACGCAAUCACGACUGUUUAGAUCCGUUCAAGACAACGACCAUGGUCCCUUCCAACGGUGGAUGCCCAUCGUGGCGCCUCACGGCACUGGCGACCCUCGCAAGCUUCCUCCUCUUCACAUCACCAGUCACAUCACAAACAUGGUCAACCUGCAAUCCAACGAAGCAGUCUGGUUGUCCAGCAGAUCCAGCUCUCGGUCGAUCAGUAUCUGUCGACUUCACAUCGGGUGCAUCGAAUGAGUUCACAGCUGCCGGAAAUCCCACCUACAGUAGUGAAGGAGUUGGCUUUCCCGUAUCCCGCGGAGGUGAAGCACCAACACUGACAUCAAAAUGGUACAUCAUGUUUGGCAAAUACUCCGUCACGAUGAAAGCUGCUCCCGGAACUGGAAUCGUGAGCUCUCUGGUAUUGCAAUCAGACGACCUGGACGAGAUCGAUUGGGAAUGGCUUGGCGGGAAGCCCAACGAAGUGCAAAGUAACUACUUUGGCAAAGGUCAAACGACAACAUACGACCGUGCGGCAAUUCACGCAGUAUCAAACACUCAGCAGCAGUGGCACACAUACUCGGUCGAAUGGACAGCUUCUCAAAUCAUCUGGCAAAUCGAUGGUGCGACCGUGCGCGUCCUCAGCGCCGCCAACGCCAAUGGUCAAUUCCCUCAAACACCCAUGCAGCUCAAGCUCGGGUCGUGGAGCGGAGGAGAUCCCUCCAAUUCACCCGGCACAAUCCAAUGGGCGGGCGGUCUAUCCAAUUACGCCAAUGCUCCUUACACCAUGUACGUCAAGUCACUCUCCGUGGUCGACUACUCCACCGGCACUUCCUACUCCUAUUCCGACCAGAGUGGAUCUGCCGGUAGCAUCGUCGCUGCCGGAGGUAAGGUGAGUGGAAAUACCGGCGGUAGCGUCACGGCAAAUAUUCCUGCGCCGGCAAUCACAAACACGUCACCUGGGAAUGACGCCUGGGACGGCACGCAUCGGACCAACACCGCCACCGUCUCAUACACGUCUUACGAAGGACUGCCUUCCGGCUGGGUCGUCACAAGUUCUGGCAAAGUCCGACCGCCGAGCGGCGCGGCAACAUCCACGCCCCCACCAUCACCGUCUUCGCCAUCGCCUUCCUCGUCACCUGCCUCGUCGCCGGCACAACCACCACUUCCCUCUUGCGCACCGCCUUCGUCUGAGGCAACCGCCGCAGGUCCUGGAUCUAUCACAACAACACGCUUUGACGAUCGCGGCUUCCUGACUACGGUCACUAUUCCCGCUCACCAAACGACGAUCUGGAACGCGCAAGGCCAACCUGUCGUUUCGAUUCUCGGUGCUCCGGCUGCCGCGUCGCCGUCAGCCUGUGCAGCCCAAGCAAUCCCCGUCCCUAGCGAUGAUGUCGCAACAACAGCUGGGUCAGCGCUGACUGCUGCUAUCACAGCUCCCACGCAACCCACGACGACUGCUUCGGCAUACAGCAGCAGCCAGAGACUAUCGCUGACCACCGCCACCACAGCACCGGCAUCGCCGAAAUCCUCUCCCACAAAGUCGGGAUACGAUUCCUUGUCGAACGCGAUCAUGUCAGGAAUCAGCGGUCCAGCGCCUACGACCGGUGGUGCUGCCGGGCUGUCAAACCCGACCACCAAAUUUCUGGUUACAUUUACAAUGGCAGGGACGAUCUGCUUCGCGCUCCUCGUAUGAGAGCGAUGCGCGUGACAAGCAUUUCGUUCCUCAUCUUUCCACUUAUGAGCGUUUUUGAUACCUCCUACAUCAUCAUAGCGACGGCGUUUCGAAUGUUUUCUCCUCGGGCACCUUUCUUCGCCUGCGGAAUCCUCGUUUUUGACUUUCUCGCCUUCGGGUAUGAGGAGUGGUUUUGGGUUUACUUCAUUCGAUUCUUCUUUUGGGCUUUCACGGAAGCAUUUUAGAAUGGAGGCGAGCAUUCUUAUUUGAGUGGUGGGAGGGCAUCUGGCAUUGGGUUGGAAAUACGCUGAGGGAUUUAUGAUUAUCACGACGACUAUGUGCAGAAACAAGCGAUGAGGUUGUCUCUCGUUGGAAAGGGAAGACAGGCGUUUCGAUUGA